AUGCCAUCGGAAUCAACUCACCGAAGCCCGUGGGAUGACUGCGUAGUCGUUGACACGGGCAACCCGCGUCCUUUCAACAGUCAUAAACCCACGAUGCGUCAAUUGGAGGCAGAUCUGGAACACCAGGAAAAGACUCUUCAUUCCACUAUGCGAGCAGCUCGGGACUUUACUCGACUGAUGCAAGAUGCCAAGGAUCGCAACCUUUUGACGGAGCAACAGAUGAGCGACGGACUCAAGGUCAGGCGUCAGUGGAUUAUCGAUGCUGACGAUAGUUACGAGCGCGCAGAGGCUCGCAUGGCCGAGGCUCGAAUGGAGCAAGCCCUCAACAGUGCCAUUGACGAUCCCGGCAUCGACGCAGGACCGGCCUUCCUCGCCCUUGAAUGUUCCCACGGCAUCGACGAGAACGUCGAGAGACACGAGUCCUCGCUACCUGAGACCGCAAGCCCUCCUCAGGCGCACCAUGCCGCUGCCACCACCCCCAGUGCUCCACAGGUAGAGCUCAACCGAUACGGCGUUAAACCCAAUCCGGCUCGUCAGAUCAAAGCCGCCAGACGCCGACGUAACUGGGCUCUUCGAAAAAGUGCCCCCGAGGUGUACGAAGUUGUCAUGGAGGAAAAGAAGCGUCACCGGGACGAGCAUCUACGCGAACAAAGGCGCCGAAAGCACGGCGGCUAA